UGGAUUGACAUUUAAAAAAUGAACAUCGUGUUGUAUAUUAAAAAAAACACACAAAGCCAACACAACCAUAGGCAAAUACACGUAUCCCUGUAGUGCAUAUGUACUUGUUGUUCAUGUCACGUUGCCAACUUGAUAGACAAGAAACGUAUAACUUUUAGUGACUCAGAAAAUAUAAUAUUUGAAGUCAGUAAGGGUGUGUAUGGGUGUGAAAAAGAUUAUUAGUUCGGAUUAAAACUAACUUUUUAUUCAUAAAAUUGUUUGUCGCUUGUUCACAAAACUAAAUUCGAUCCGAAGCGGUUCCAGUGUAAUAACGGAAUAACACGUAUGGUGAAGAAUUCAUCAAGAAAAAAAAUUUUGAUCGUGAAAUUUUUGUGUGAAAUAGUCACCUUAAAAACGGAAUACUGAAAACCGCUAGACAGCAAAGUGCAAACGGACGGAAAAAUGCGUGAAUACAAAAUAGUUGUUCUUGGUAGUGGUGGUGUGGGAAAGUCAGCGUUGACAGUGCAAUUCGUACAGGGCAUAUUCGUUGAGAAGUAUGAUCCAACGAUUGAGGACAGUUAUCGCAAACAGGUCGAAGUGGAGGGACAGCAGUGCAUGCUCGAAAUUCUCGAUACGGCUGGAACUGAACAAUUUACUGCAAUGCGAGAUCUAUACAUGAAAAAUGGACAAGGAUUUGUGUUAGUCUAUUCGAUAACAGCUCAGUCGACGUUUAACGAUCUACAAGACUUACGGGAACAAAUAUUAAGAGUCAAAGAUACAGACGAUGUCCCAAUGGUACUUGUAGGCAACAAAUGUGAUUUGGAAGAUGAACGAGUGGUCGGAAAGGAAUUGGGUAAAAGUUUAGCCAAUCAAUUCAAUUGUGCUUUCAUGGAAACAUCAGCCAAAGCAAAAAUUAGUGUUAAUGAUAUAUUUUAUGACUUAGUUCGACAAAUCAAUAGAAAAUCACCGGAAAAGAAACAAAAACAAAAAAAGAAAUCGAUCUGUGUACUGCUAUAAGUAAGUGUUUGUAGUUAAAAUGGUUGACAUAAAUUGAUUUUUUCGUUGGUUUCAAUUUCAACUUAUAAAAAAAGUUCACAUUACAAUUUACAAAAGGUAAAUAGAAAAUCAUUUAGCGGAUGUUUCCAAAAUAAACCAACAACAACAACAAAACUCCGUUUGGAUAUAAUAAUUUCACAAAUUUUGUUUUCUUUGAAUUAUUUUUUUUUAUUUUCAUUUUUUUUAUUAAUUAUUUUGCUGCAUUUUUUCAUUCAAAGUCGAAGCAUUUUUCAAUGUUUAAGUCUUAGUCUUUUUUUCCUACUUUAUUGGUUCAUUCUUAUCGAAAACAGUUGUUAAGACUAAAAUUAAAUUUACAAAGUCAACACACAAUUAUGUCGUUUAAACGAAAGAAUUUUUUAUUUUUGUUUUCUAUGAUUUAAUUAGCCAACAAGCCAUUGAUAAAAUACGUGUCAAAAAGAAAACUAUUAUUACUACUGCAGUUAAAUAAAGAUUAUUUUUAAAGGAAUUUUUUAUUUAAUCUUUUUCACUUCAAAUAGCACAAAACAUUUUUUGUUCGGUUAAAACGAUCAGAAAAUUUUUAGUUAAAAAUUGAGAAUCUCAAAAUGAUUUGAGUUCAUUUCUCAACCAGCCAAUUAAGAAUUUUUUUUGCCAACAAUGAAAAAUUAUUCCAAAAUUAAAGCACUGUGUGUAGCCUCUAUGAAUGUUGUACAUAAUACCACACAAAGUAAUAUGAAAUCUCGAGACUCCGGCACAAUCCACUGAAAACCCAAUGAAAUGGAAUAAUAUCAUCAGUCCUUUUUUGAAGUCGAUGAACUGACCAUAUAUCCCAGUAUUGGAGGAAAUUAUUCCGUUGAAUUUCUUAGAUUCCUUAAAUUUUCUAUAUUUAUUGAAACUUCUUCAAAAACUUCCAUAUCUUGUGCAGAUUUAGCAAAUCCAAUUUUUUUUAUUUCUAAGUUUCGGAAUAGGUCGACCGAGGUCGACAGCGGUCAAAUAUGGUCGCGAUCUGAAAAUUCAGGUCAGGUUAGGUAAUUUUUUUCAAGAUUACCUGACCAGACCUGAACCUGAAUUUCUAAAACCUGUCAGGUCAGCUUACCUGUCAGUUCAGCUUUUAGGCAUAUCUGAAAAAUUGCACCGGUCGACCUGAUUUACCUGACUUGACUUUCACUUUCAGUUUCAGGUCAAUGCAGGUCAGGUUAAAAUUUUUAGAAUCAGGUUGAGGUCAAAACAGGUUUCAGGUAAUUUCAGGUCAGUUUCAGGCAAACCUGUUCCGAGCCUUAAUUCCCUUACCUUCCGCAAUCCCAAUUUUACCAAAUAUUCAUCACUAAAAUUUCCUUAAAUUUAUCCUUACUUUUGACCAAAAUUCCGGUAGCACACGAGCCCUGCAUAAUUAAAGAGAAUUCGUUGAAAUUCAAUGAAAUUUAGCGAAAUAAUUUCCUCAAACAUCACGAUGGUGACAAAAGGUGACACACUGUCGAGAGAUUAUCUAUACGCAAAAAGGUUCCCAGUUUGAAGAGCAACAUAAUUUAUUUUCCGCUUCUACUUAAAAUAAUUUUAGCCAAAAUUUACUGCUUAUGAAAUUGUGAAGAAAAUAUCAAGGCGAAAUUCUGUUGUCAAGCAACGAUGUAAAAAUGAUUUAUACAAAAGUAAAAGAAAAA